GCCAUGACCGCCUCAGCUUUCUUUACUCCUACUCCGUAGCAGCCGCGCUGUCUCGUUCUCUCCUCUCAUGCAAUAACGUACUGACUUCUGUCCAUCCCACCUUCUGCUCUCUCCUUUGUAGGCACACGUCAACAUGGCGCAACGAGCACAGCAGAUCGCUUCGCACCUGAACUACCCGUCCGGUUUGCUCACCGGUCAAGUCGCCAUUAUCACUGGCUCCGGUCAAGGUAUCGGCGCCGAAUGCGCACGCCUCUUUGCCAACGAGGGCGCAAAGGUAGUUGUCUGCGACGUCGACUCUUCCAAGGCCGACAGUGUCGCGAAGUCGAUUAACGAGGCCUCGCCCGGCCGGGCAAUCAGCGUGCCCGGCGACGUGACCGACCCCCAUUACUUCCCUGUGCUGGUCAAGAAGGCCGCAGAGUUCGGCAACGGCAAGAUCCACAUCAUCGUGAAUAAUGCGGGUUACACUUGGGACGGUGUCAUCCACAAGAUCACGGACAAGCAGUGGGACACGAUGCUGGCCGUGCAUAACACUGCGCCGUUCCGCCUGAUCAGGCAGGCAGCUCCUUAUUUCCGGGUCAAGGACGGCGAGAAAAGGGUCAUCAUUAAUAUCAGUAGUACGAGCGGGACACAUGGGAAUGCCGGGCAGGCGAAUUACAGUCUGGCCAAGGCCGGCGUCGUGGGAUUGACGAAGACUGUUGCGAAGGAGUGGGGGCCGCAAUUCGGCGUCCGCGCAAAUACGAUCGCUUUCGGCCAUAUCAACACGAGAUUGACCCAGGCCAAGGAGUCUGGCGCGUUCAUCACGACGCCGGAUGGACAGCGUAUCUCACUAGGCAUUCCUUCGGCACAGUUGGCUUCGAAGAAGGGUGAUGAUGCCUCUGCAUAUAAGGACAUUCCCCUGGGUCGACCAGGGACCGCCACCGAGGCCGCGAGUGCAGUACUGGCUGUGUGUAGUCCGCUGUUUAGCUAUGUGAAUGGGCAGACUAUUGAGGUUACGGGUGGAAGGCAGAUAUAGAUAAAUGAAAAACAGAGAUGACGAGGGCAUGAACAUCGACGUUGGAGACGGUGAGGCGCGCGUCCUUCGAG